AUGCAAUCUGAAAAUUAUACCAGUGUGACAGAAUUCAUCCUUUUGGGAUUAACAAAGAAUCCUUCACUUUGCAUCAUCUUCUUUGUGAUAUUUUUAGGAAUUUAUGCUUUUACAUUAGUUGGUAACAUCAGUAUAAUCAUUUUAAUAAAAAGCUGUUCCCAGCUUCACUCCCCCAUGUAUCUCUUCCUUAGUCAUUUGGCCUUUGUGGACAUUGGGUAUUCCACAUCAGUUGUACCUAUAAUGCUUAUAGGAUUUCUGAAAUACAGACUGGUCCUCCCUGUUACUGGCUGUGAAGUACAGCUCUGUACUGUGGUCAUGUUUGGAACAGCUGAGUGUUUCCUGCUGGCUGCAAUGGCCUAUGAUCGCUAUGUAGCCAUCUGCUCCCCACUGCUCUAUUCCACCCACAUGUCUUCUAGAGUCUGCAUUGGAUUACUGGGAACUUCUUACUUGGGUGGAUGCGUAAAUUCUUGGUCAUUUGCUAGUUGUGUGUUGAGUUUGUCUUUUUGUGGACCAAAUGAGAUAAAUCACUUUUUCUGUGAUUUUUCUCCUCUAUUGAAGCUAUCUUGCUCAGAUAUCUCCCUUAUUGAAAUUAUCCCUGCCAUCUCAUCUGGGUCCAUCAUGGUGGUUACAGUGUUUGUCAUAGCUCUCUCAUAUAUCUACAUCCUCAUCACAGUCCUGAAGAUGCGCUCCACAGAAAGUCGUCAUAAAGCCUUCUCCACAUGCUCGUCCCAUCUUACUGCAGUCACACUGUACUAUGGAACUAUUUUCUUCAUUUAUGUCUUGCCCAAAUCCAUCUACUCAACUGAGCAGAAUAGAGUGAUAUCUUUGUUCUAUACAGUGGUAAUUCCCAUGCUAAACCCACUCAUUUAUAGUCUGAGGAACAGGGAUGUGAAGGAGGCUUUCAGAAAGACAACUGUCCGGAUAUUUUUUUAG